AUGACUGCUCAUCAAGAGGUUUCUGUGGGGGAGCCUCAUUCCGUGAUGGAGACUGUUAAAUUAGCGGCCAGUAGACUUGCCGAGGCCGCUCGACGCCACGAGAGGAUAUCCUCUUCUGAUUAUAUACGCAAUACCGCGGAUCCAAGUUGUGCGAGGAUUCGUAGCGAGCUACAAGCUGUCCACAAAAAGCGGCGAUUGGAGAAGCUUGAUGCUGAGCAACGACAGGCGAACAACGACUUCUCUGGUGUUGACGAAGGCCUUCCCAUCACACAGAUCAUGCGUGAAGAUCUCAUCAGAGGAACUGAAGGUGACCAGAGGCUCAAGGAGUGGCUGGAGAAAUACGUCUACGGCUGCGGCAAUGCAUCUCCGUCAACUUCGACUACUACAGCCACCACCGAUUCGGUGUAG